AUGAUAACGCUACUGCUCAGUGUUGGAUUGAAAAGCCCGAUUGCUAAGCUACUGCUACUGCGACUACUAGGUCCUUGCAUCGCGGGUCGGCAUUUAUCGAGAACAACCAGCGGGCAGCUGCGGCAGUCGCAAUCCAAGCAAGAGAACCUCGAUGACUUGUACAUUUACAACACCUUGAGCUCCGCCAAGAGCACCGACAACGAGCUUAUUCGCUGCACGAUAUUUGAUGGCGAUGGGCACAUGAUUGUGCACGGCAAGGAGAUCGCCAAGUCAGAGUUUAUGAAACAGUACCAUUUGGUGCCUCGCGAUUUCCGGAAACUCUCCAAACAUAGCACCACGACAACAACGACACAAUCUUCGAUGCAUGGCAUUGAGCUAGUUCCCAGCUUAGUGACCCGGAGACAGUGCAUCAUGUUGAACUUGUUGAAUAUCCGGGCCUUGAUUCAAAAGGACAAGGUGACUAUUUUUGACUCUACCGCAAGCAGCACCCACUCUACGCGAGUCCAUGAAAGCAGGUCGCAGAUUCAGUUCUUGCAAGAGUUGGGCGAUAAGCUUAAACACAAGGACGACGUCACUCAGAAAGAAGCAGAGCUAUAUUACGAGUUUCGAGCGUUGGAGGCUAUUCUCAUGCAAGUCAUUGCCAACUUGACCACCGAGAUGAAAGUGCACAAGACGGUGGUGAGCAAUGUGCUCCUUGGGUUGGACGAGGGCAUCGAGAGGUUCAAGUUGCGGUACCUAUUGAUCCAGCUGAAGAAAUUGGCGCUGUUUCAACAAAAGGUCACUUUGAUUCGGGAUUUAUUAGAGGAUUUGCUCGAGCGCGAUGACGAGUUGAAUGAGUUGUACUUGACUGAUUCCCGAGUAGGGACCGACCACGCCGAGAUUGAAAUGUUGCUAGAGUCCUACUACACGCACACGGAUGAGAUUGUGCAAACGGUGGAGAACUUGAGAUCGCAGAUUAAAACAACGGAAGAGAUUAUCAACAUUGUCUUGGAUUCGAAUAGAAACGAGCUAAUGCUACUUGGGUUGAAAUUCUCAACGGGGAUGCUCUCGAUGGGAAUUGCGUUGUACUUGGCCGCGUUGUACGGUAUGAAUUUGGAGAAUUUCAUCGAGGAGUCAGACGGUGGAUUUGAGGCAAUUGUCGUGUGUUCUUGCGUUUCCUUGCUUGUGUUGUUGUUGAUUUCCUUGAAGCAGUUGAAGAAAGUUGAGAAAAUAACCAUGACCAAUUUUAAAGCUCGCUCGCCGUGA